AAUUUGAAUAUCCAAGCAGGACUGGGCGAUUCGAAUUACAGCUCGCCGGCACACAGUGCGCAGACACUCGAGACUAUCCCUGGCACGCCAAAUCAUCCUAUGUCCUUGUCGCGGAGUCCAUCUCCCAGGCCGGGAGGUGGAUGGUCGAGUCCAGGUCUGAAUAGUCCUUAUGCGAAUGUCAGUGGGCGAUCGAGUCCUGCGAAGUCAUACCGGGAGUCCAAUGGAGGAAGCUCAGUGACUUGGGAAUCUGCAAAGGCCAAGAGUGAUGGGAUCAAUGGAUACCCAUCGUUUUCAACACAGAAUAAUGGAUUUUUCAAUCGACACUAUCGAACUAUCUCGAACAGUCUGCCACAUUUCAAUCUGGGCUCAGAUAAGAGCUAUGCAGAAAAGGAGAAGCUGGGAAGAGGGCGGUGGAUGGGCCGCGAGGGCAGCAGAAUGGCUAGAGUGAGAAGUCUUGUUAGAAGAGUCUCUCGAAACAUGAAGUUACGGUAUCUAGUCGUUAUUGCGUUACUGGCUAUGUAUUUCUUAUUCUACUUGACGCCUUUACAUUACUACUGGCGCAGAGCGAAACACCUUGGAGGCGGCAAGAAGUUUGUGGUCAUACUGGCAGCAAAUCAAGGGGGUGGGGUUAUGGAGUGGAAGGGUCCUCGAGAAUGGGCCAUCGAGCGAGAUAGUGUGCGUAACAAGAAGAAGUACACAAACAGAUGGGGCUACGAUCUGGAAAUCGUCGAUAUGAGCACGAAGAAACGAUACGCACAUGAGUGGAGAGAAAGUUGGGAGAAGGUGGACACAAUAAGGAACUGCUUAAGGAAAUAUCCAGAUGCUGAAUGGUUCUGGUGGUUGGAUUUGAACACCUUCGUCAUGGAACCAUCCUACUCUCUUCAAUCCCAUAUCUUCAACAAUCUCGCCGCAACCACCUACCGCGACAUCAAUGAAUACAACCCCUUGAAUAUCACCCACCCAUUCCCAGCCGCACACCUCGACGAAGAGGCCAGGAGCCCAAUUGGGGACGGAAAAGCGAGCUCCAUCAACCUCAUAAUCCCACAAGACUGCUCUGGUUUCAACCUCGGCUCAUUCUUCAUCAAACGCAGCGCAUGGACCGAUCGCCUGCUAGAUGUAUGGUGGGACCCUGUAGGCUACGAACAGAAACAUAUGGAAUGGGAACACAAAGAGCAAGACGCUCUUGAAUUCCUCUACAUCAACCAGCCAUGGAUCCGACCCCAUACCGCUUUCAUCCAACAACGAAAGAUCAACAGUUUCCCCGAGGGCGCCUGUUCGGAGAAUGGAAACGAUACACGCAUCCAUUACAAUGAGAAGGAACGCGACUUCGUCGUCAAUAUGGCGGGUUGUGAAUGGGGCCGUGAUUGUUGGGGCGAGAUGUACAAUUUCAGAGAGUUGAGCAACUACCUGAACCGUACAUUGUGGGAGAAAUUCAAAGAAGAUCUGGUCGCUGUGAUCUGGUUCAAGAUCACAGGGCAAAAGAUCAGGAUAUGAGGAGACAUUCUAAUCAAACCUCAUCCCUGCUUGUUCUUGUCCGGUGGUUGUAACGACGUUGUAUCUGCGAUACCCUCUAUUCUUGUUCGAUAGGUUUCUUGUCUGCCUCGGUAUUUGCAUAG